AUGGCUGCGGAAGUUGGUGGCAUGCCAAAUGGCACCUACGCGCCACACCACGCCUACGCUGGCAUCGACCAGAACGCUUACGCCUACUCCGCCAACGCCGCCGCUACCUCUCAACCCCCCGCUCAGCAGGCCCCGCCCGCCUCGAGCACCCCGUCCAACGCACCCCAAGCACAGCAACCCGAGAUCAGCAAGGACGAGGUGGGCUGGUAUUUCGUCGAGCAGUACUACACCACGCUCUCGCGGAGCCCCGAGAAGCUCUAUCUCUUCUACAACAAGCGCUCCCAAUUCGUGUCGGGUACGGAGACUGACAAGGUCCCCGUCUGCGUUGGCCAGCGCGCCAUCAACGAUCGUAUCACCGAGUUGAGCUUCCAGGACUGCAAGGUCCGAGUCACCAACGUCGACUCGCAGGCCUCGGAUUCGAACAUCGUCAUUCAGGUCAUUGGUGAGCUUUCCAAUAAGGGACAACCGCACAAGAAGUUCGUCCAGACCUUCGUUCUCGCUACCCAGACCAAUGGAUACUUUGUGCUGAAUGACGUCUUCCGCUACUUGGCCGAGGAGGAAGAGGAGCCGGAACAGGAGGCCGAGCCUGCUGCUGCACCAGUUGAGGAUGUCCAACAGGUCUCUGGCACCGAGAGCGGCUACCAGGAGCCACCGCCAACCGAGGUCGAGCCAAAGACCUUGAGCAGCUCUACCGACCCAGCUGUCGUGGAGCGUGAUGCAGAAGGUGUCGACAAGGAGAUCGAGGAGAAGUUGCUCAAGCAGGAGCAGGCUGAAGAGGUCGCCGCACCACAGGUCAAUGGCGAGCACGUUGAGCCAACGGAGGAGAUCGAAGCACCAGCUGCCUCGGCAGAGCCCGAGGCGGCGCCUGCCGAGGAGGAAGAGCGACCUGUCGCUGCUGAAGCGGAGCUUCAGCCUGAGAAGCCCAAGGACCCCGAGCCAACUCCUAUCGCAUCUCCGCCAAAGCAGGCGCCUCCACAGCCUGCCCCUGCACCGAAGCCAGCUACUCCAGCUGCGCCCAUGUCAUGGGCCAGCCGUGCUGCGGCCGCUAACAAGGUUGCUACGCCCGCUACCCCGUCGACCGCCUCGUCUACCUCUACUGCACCUCGCCCAACCGCCCCGGCUGCUAAGACUGCCACUCCACCUACUGCCCCUGCUGCAGCAUCUGCCCCAGCUCAAGCAGCGGCCGCGCCAUCGGUACCCGCAGCGGAGGCUCAGCAGGAGACUCAGCCCGCUGAUGCGCAAGAUGAGUGGAGCACAGUCACUUCAAGCCACAACCGACAGCAGUCCCGUCAGACCAACCAGCCGCAGCAGGCGGAGGGCGCUCAGUUCCGAGGCUACAUCAAGAAUGUAUCCGAGAACGUCGACCGAAACGAGCUGGAGAACAAGCUCAAGUCGCUCUUCGGCGAGCUUGAGUACCUGGACAUCGCGCGCCAGAAGGUACGUUGCUCUGACCUCUCCAUACUGAGAAGAUUACAUGCUAACAUCUAUGCAGAACUGCGCAUUCGUCGACUUCAAGACUCGCGAGAGCCACCAGAAGGCAAUGAGCACUCCCUUCAAGAUCGGCAGCGACGAGCUCAUCGUCGAGGAGCGCCGCUUUCGCCCAGGCUCGACUCCUUACAUUCCGCGAGGCCAGUACCAAGGCGGUCGCGGAGGCCGCGGAGGCGCUGGUGGUCAGGCCCAGCGUGGCCAGUUCCAGGGAGGUAACCGCGGAAACGCUGCUCCUGGUGGUCCUCGCGGCGGCCGCGGCGGAAAUUUCGCAGGUGCUGCUAGAGGUGGUCGGGGUGGUGCAACCCAGGCAUAA